AUGGGUAAAGGAAAGCCUCGUGGACUUAACGCAGCCCGCAAGCUGCGACUGCACCGAAAGGAGCAGAAGUGGGCCGAUCUCGGAUACAAGAAGCGUGCUCUCGGUACCGCUUUCAAGUCGUCGCCGUUCGGUGGUUCUUCUCACGCCAAGGGUAUCGUCCUCGAGAAGGUCGGUGUCGAAGCCAAGCAGCCCAACUCUGCUAUUCGAAAGUGUGUCCGUGUCCAACUCAUCAAGAACGGAAAGAAGGUUACUGCUUUCGUCCCCAACGACGGUUGCUUGAACUUCGUAGACGAGAACGACGAAGUCCUGCUUGCUGGUUUCGGUCGCAAGGGCAAGGCCAAGGGUGAUAUUCCCGGUGUGCGAUUCAAGGUUGUCAAGGUUUCCGGUGUCGGUCUGCUAGCUCUAUGGAAGGAGAAGAAGGAGAAGCCGAGAUCAUAG